AUGGAAGUCAACGCCCCCAGCUUCGCGUCGCCGCUCGCCAGCGUCCGGGACAGCCAUUUCUCACUUCCCUCUCAAUUCGAGUAUGUUGUGGAUGCUGUCAGCAAUGCCAGUCUGUGGACCAUUGCUUUCACUAUCCUAGCGAUUCUUGUCGCAUAUGACCAGAUCAGUUACAUCCUUAACAAGGGAAACAUCGUGGGCCCGGCCUUCAAGACGCCCUUCAUCGGACCGUUUCUAGAAUCCGUCAACCCCAAAUUCGAGGAAUACUACGCGAAAUGGACAAGCGGCCCUUUGAGUUGUGUCUCUGUAUUCCACAAGUUCGUUGUGAUUGCUUCGACUCGUGACAUGGCGCGGAAGGUGUUCAAUUCCCCGACUUUCGUGAAGCCCUGCGUCGUCGAUGUCGCUCAUAAACUCCUGGGUGCCGACAACUUUGUCUUCCUGGACGGCAAGCCCCAUGUCGAUUACCGCAAGGGCCUUAACGGUCUGUUCACGAGAAAGGCACUUCAGUCCUAUCUUCCCGGCCAAGAGGCGGUAUACAACCAGUACUUCGAACGUUUUCGUCGAAUCACGAAGGACGCCGGCGGUAAGCCGGUGACCUUUAUGUCCGAAUUCCGCGAGUUGAUGUGCGCCGUAUCUCUCAGGACCUUCUGCGGCUACUACAUCUCCGAUGAGGCCGUCAAGAAAAUCGCCGAUGACUAUUACCUGAUCACAGAGGCAAUGGAGCUGGUUAACUUCCCUAUCAUCCUGCCCUUUACGAAGGCUUGGUACGGGAAAAAAGCGAGUGAGAUGGUUCUAGCUGAGUUCUGCCAGGCUUGCGCCAAGAGCAAGGCCUGUAUGGCUGCCGGCAAGGAGCCGACCUGCAUCAUGGACGCCUGGGUCAAGAACAUUCUGGCGUCGAAGGAAUGGGUCGAGGCAGAGGCCAAGGGGCUGUCGACGGCGAACCUCGAGAAGCCAUCACCUCUGCUACGUGACUUCGCCGACUAUGAGAUCGCGCAGACUGUGUUCGCAUUUCUUUUUGCUUCUCAGGACGCUACCAGCAGCGCAGCCACCUGGCUCUUCCAGAUGAUGGCACAGCGUCCCGAUGUUCUUGAUCGAGUGCGCGAGGAGAACCUGAAGGUCCGCAAUGGUGACAUUCGUGCUCCAGUCGAUCUAGACGAGCUCGAGUCGAUGGCCUACACCCGCGCGGUUGUCAAGGAGCUUCUGCGGUACCGGCCCCCGGUGAUCAUGGUGCCGUAUAUGGCGAAGAAGCCUUUUCCCAUCACUGAAUCGUACACUGUUCCCAAAGGCGCGAUGGUUAUCCCAACCACGUGGCUUGCUCUGCGCGACCCCGAUGUAUACGAGAACCCCGACGAAUUCAACCCCGAGCGUUAUUAUACCGGCGAUGCUGAGGAGAAGGGGGCUAAGAACUUCCUGGUAUUUGGAACUGGACCGCACGUGUGCAUCGGACAGCACUACGCACAACUCAAUCUGGUGCUGUUGAUCGGCAAGGCGUCGUUGUUGCUGGACUGGACACACCACGCGACCCCGUUGUCGGAAGAAAUCAAAGUGUUUGCGACCAUCUUCCCCAUGGAUAACUGCCCGUUGACAUUUACCGAGAGGAAGUGGUGA